CUCUCUCCUUCUUCUGCAGGGUUCUCAGAGUGGACUGAAGCCUUAGCAGGAACAUGAGUGAGGACACGGUGCCCGAGGCGGCCUCCCCACCACCCUCUCAGGGGCAGCACUAUUUUGACCGGUUCUCUGAAGACGACCCUGAGUACCUGCGGCUUCGCAACCGUGCAGCCGGCCUGCGGCAGGACUUCAACCUCAUGGAGCAGAAGAAGCGUGUCACCAUGAUCCUGCAGAGUCCUUCUUUCAGGGAGGAGCUGGAAGGCCUCAUCCAGGAGCAGAUGAAGAAGGGCAAUAACUCGUCCAACAUCUGGGCCCUACGACAGAUCGCGGACUUCAUGGCCAGCACCUCCCACGCAGUCUUCCCAGCUUCUUCCAUGAACUUCUCCAUGAUGACACCCAUCAAUGACCUCCACACUGCCGACUCCCUGAACCUGGCCAAGGGGGAGCGGCUCAUGCGGUGCAAGAUCAGCAGCGUCUACCGCCUCCUGGACCUCUAUGGCUGGGCGCAGCUCAGCGACACCUAUGUCACGCUGAGAGUGAGCAAGGAGCAGGACCAUUUUCUGAUCAGCCCCAAGGGGGUUUCCUGCAGUGAGGUCACAGCAUCUAGCCUGAUCAAGGUGAACAUCCUGGGAGAGGUGGUGGAAAAGGGCAGCAGCUGCUUUCCAGUGGACACCACGGGCUUCAGUCUGCACUCAGCCAUCUAUGCUGCCAGGCCCGACGUGCGAUGUGCCAUCCACCUGCACACACCGGCCACAGCAGCGGUGUCAGCUAUGAAGUGUGGCCUCCUGCCUGUCUCCCAUAAUGCCCUGCUGGUGGGGGACAUGGCCUACUAUGACUUCAAUGGAGAAAUGGAGCAGGAAGUGGAUCGAAUCAACUUGCAGAAGUGCCUUGGACCCACCUGCAAGAUUCUGGUGCUAAGAAACCAUGGCAUGGUGGCCCUGGGUGACACCGUGGAGGAAGCUUUCUAUAAGGCCUUCCACCUACAGGCUGCGUGUGAGGUACAGGUGUCAGCUUUGUCCAGUGCUGGUGGAACGGAGAACCUCAUCCUCCUGGAGCAGGAGAAACGCCGGCCGCAUGAGGUGGGCUCUGUGCAGUGGGCCGGCAGCACCUUUGGGCCCAUGCAGAAGAGCCGGCUGGGAGAGCACGAGUUUGAAGCCCUCAUGAGAAUGCUGGACAACUUAGGCUACAGAACAGGCUACACGUACCGCCACCCCUUUGUCCAAGAGAAAACCAAACACAAAAGCGAAGUGGAGAUCCCGGCCACGGUCACUGCUUUUGUGUUUGAGGAGGAUGGGGCCCCCGUCCCUGCCCUGCGCCAGCAUGCCCAGAAACAGCAGAAGGAAAAGACCCGCUGGCUUAACACGCCCAACACCUACCUGCGGGUGAACGUGGCCGAUGAGGUGCAGAGGAACAUGGGCAGUCCCCGGCCCAAAACCACAUGGAUGAAGGCUGAUGAAGUGGACAAGUCCAGCAGUGGCAUGCCCAUACGCAUCGAAAACCCAAACCAAUUUGUGCCUCUCUACACUGACCCCCAAGAAGUGCUGGACAUGAGGAACAAGAUCCGAGAGCAGAACCGACAAGACAUAAAGUCCGCAGGGCCUCAGUCCCAGCUCUUGGCCAGCGUCAUCGCCGAGAAGAGCCGGAGCCCGUCUACAGAGAGCCAGCUGAUGUCCAAGGGCGAAGCAGACACCAAAGACGACUUGGAGGAGACGGUGCCCAACCCCUUCAGCCAACUCACCGACCAGGAGCUGGAGGAAUACAAGAAGGAGGUGGAAAGGAAGAAGCUAGAACAGGAACAGGAAGAAGGUGAGCCAAAGGAAGCCACGGAGGAGCCUGGCUCACCUGUGAAGUCCACACCUGCAUCUCCGGUGCAGAGCCCGACAAAAGCAGGCACCAAGAGCCCAGCGGUCUCUCCUUCCAAGGCUUCGGAGGAUGCCAAGAAAACGGAAGUCAGCGGCGAUGCCACCACAGAGCCUGAGCCAGCGAAACCAGAAGGGGCGGUGGUGAACGGGAAGGAGGAGGAGCCCAGUGUGGAAGAGGCCCUGAGCAAAGGACUGGGCCAGAUGACCACCAACGCAGACACUGACGGCGACAGCGGCAAGGACAAAACCGAGUCAGUCACCAGCGGCCCCUUGUCCCCAGAGGGUUCACCCUCCAAGUCGCCCUCCAAAAAGAAAAAGAAAUUCCGAACCCCCUCCUUCCUGAAGAAGAGCAAGAAGAAGGAGAAGGUGGAAUCCUGAUCCA